GUAUUACGUCAGGGGUCACGUUGAGGUAACAACAAAGAUGGCGGCGCUCGGUGCAGUGCGGUGUGUGUUUCGGAGCUAUUCCCGGGUCAAAAAUGUCCAGAAGAACAAACAAACAUUGUUGAAGUGGAGCGCGAGGACGUGUUGCAGUGAAACACACGGCACAGGAGAGGAUGUCCAGCCCCAGUUCACUGAUCCAGCUGUGCAGGACAUUCUCUCUAGAAUAACAGGCCUGGACCUACAGAAAGUGUUCCGUCCCAUCAAACAGGAGCUGAAGCCCCCCACUUACAAACUCAUGACAGACGAGCAGCUUCAGCAGGCAACGCAGCGUGCUGCAGAGCAGGCCGAGAAGCUGCUGCAGAUGCCUCCUGUUCUCCCGGAGAGGAAGCCCAUCGCCGACGUCCUGACGGUGGAUACGAUCCUGGAGGGCAUGGACACAGCCAGAUACGUCUUCACGGACAUUACCUACAACAUCCCACACAGGGAGAGGUUCAUAGUCAUUCGAGAGCCAAACGGAGCUCUCCGGAAGGCCACCUGGGAGGAACGGGACCGGCUCAUCCAGGUGUAUUUCCCCAAGGAGGGGCGCAAGCUCACGCCUCCUCUCAUCUUCAAAGAGGAGAAUCUCAAGAUGGUGUUUUCCCAGGAUCGUCACCAGGACGUGUUGGACUUGUGUCUGGUCCAGUUUGAACCGGACUCUUCAGAUUACAUCAGAGUGCAUGCAGCCACAUACGAGGACCUGGAGAAGCACGGCAAAUACGAUUUGCUCCGGUCCACCCGACACUUCGGCGGCAUGGCCUGGUACCUGGUGAACUCUCGCAGGGUUGAUGGGCUGAUAGUGGACAUGCUGAAGAGGGAGCUUCUUGAUGACGCCGUGAGCCUCGUGUCUCUUUUCCACAUGGUCCAUCCCCACAGCCAGUCUGCCCAGGAGGCGGCCAGCCAACAAGCCAGUGGUACUGACCUGCUGAAGAUCUACGCGCAGAAGGAAUCCCAAAGGUCGGGGUUCAUCGAGCUGGCCUUGCAGGCGUAUGAGCAGAGAGCCGCUGAAGGACCCUCAGCCUAACGGCACCACACCGGGUCAAAGGAAGGACGUUUGGACCGCUGCCGAGGAGCCAGGAACGGAUUUGACCAGAAUGCUGCUCAGCGUUGAGCAAAGCCGCACUUAAGAAACGGCGACUCAUUCAGUGUGACGGAUGUUAUCGGCUGUACAUAGCAAAAUAAAGCAACCUUUGUACUGAA